AUGACAGAUGAGUGGUUUGAGGCAGAGGAGCUUCCCCACCCGGAAUGGCUGCUUGCAGCAUUUAUCCCGAGCCACGCGCGCACACACUCCCAGUGGCGCCUGCACCUGCAGGAGCCAAUGCAUGCCACCAGCCUGGGAGGAAGCGGAAGGGCUGAGAGCCGAACCGCCGCCGCCAUCUUGGCCGAGCAAGGCGGAAGUGGCGAGCCCAGACUGCGGCUGCGCAAUCGUGGGCGGGGCGAGCCCAGGUCCUGGCCGCUUCCCAAUGCCGCCGGCUCCGUGCAGUUUCUGCUAGUGAAGGACAGGAAGAAGGGCCUCAUCGCACGCUCCAAGACGGUGAAAUACGUUAUCGGAGACUUGAAGGGUCUGCACCGGAAGAUCAGCUCAAGGGCUGCAGCGUUGCUGUAUGUUUUUGUCUUCCAGCUGAAAUAGCUCCAUCGCAAGCACCACACUUAUAUCCUGACCAAUAGGUUAAAACCUCUUGAGGGGUUGGAGGAGGAUCUGGGAAGAGAUAGCCCCAGAUUAGGUCUCUUAGUGAUGAUCAAGGGUCUUAUCUACGUGAAAGGUAAUAGCACAGUUUUGGGAGAUGUUGAGUUGGUUGUGGGGUGCUUCCAUCAAAGAAUCUUCUUUGGGUACCCCAAAAGGCUUAUUAUGGAAGGUUCUGUUUAGCAGCAGCGAUGCCUUAGUUACAGACAGGUGCCUCACACCAAACCAUCGGAAUAUGAAUUCUCUUGUACUCCCCAAAGUAACCUGGAAAUCACCAAGAUGGAAGAAGUGGGGUUCGUGUCCAGGCUUCAGAAGAACGAACCGCUUAUUGUCAGGAGCCGUAGAAGCUAGAGCCGAGGCUCCAUAGGGCCCAUGUUAUACAGGACUCCAGGGCUGGUGAGGGUGGGGGGAAAGGUGGCCAAUGAGGGCCUCGUGGGCUUGCUAGCUAUACUCUCUGAGUUGUAAGUAGUGCCAUUUCUGAGAAAAUUGUGAACCUUUAGUUUUUAGAUCUUGUAUAUUGUUAGGUUUUGUUACUUUUAAUAUAUUAAAUUGUUAUUUAUAAGGGAGACCACCCCUUUUCAUAUUGAAUUUUAUUGUAGUUUUGCUGCUUUUGUAAAACAAGUCGUAAAACUUUGUAUUUUAUUCAGAAAUUCUGAAUGCAUUGUGCAGCAUUGUAAUUCUGGUCCUUGAUUGGCAUGAAGGGACUCAGCAGGUUGAUCAGGUGUAUGUGUGUUGUUUGUGUGUGUGUGUGUUUUGUGUGUGUGUGUGUAAGCUUAUUUGAUGCUGAGCCUUUUGUGUUUGAUUUCGAAACAACCAGUAUGUACUUCUAUUUACCUACAUUAUAGUGAUCUAGAAAAAAUUAAAAUGCAACAAGUGAGAAGCUUAUCCAAGUACACUUAAUAAACUUGUUGAGCACCUUAUAUUUUGUGUUAGACAGUUAAAGCCAUACUUGGGAAUAGAAUACGUCCUAUGUAUGGUGGGAAUAGUAAAUAAACCGGAAAUUA